UCCUGAGCCCUGAGACAGACGGUGAUUCCAGCAGAAGCCGGGAGGGGGGCGAAGCGGGGGAAAAGAAGCAGGGCGGGGGGAAAAAAAGAAGAAACUGCUUUCUAGGUCUGGAUUUCAUUUGAGUGCCUCUCUCUCCCCCCUCUCCGCUCCCAUGUGCCGCACGGCGCUGGGGGGAUGAAUGCUGAGCCUGUUAGCUCAGAGCUGCGAGCCGGGCAGAGGGAGGAAAAUCGCCGAGCUCUUGGCAUGGAGACACGCUUCUGCUCGGAAGCUCUGAAAAGAUCCUUUGAGGUCGAGGAGGUAGAUCAGUCUUCAAAUUCCUCCACCCCACAAAGACGGGCCCCGAACACCCUCCUCAGGUCCACCGUGUCCAGCUCCACGCAGAAGUUCCAGGAACUCGGCGCCAGGAAUUCGGAGCCGUCCGCCCGCCACGCGGAGCCCACAGUGCAAAGAUCCCCCAAGCCCCCUCUGAGGAGAGUGGAGCUCUCUGGACCCAAACUGCCCGAGCCGGUGUCCAGAAGAACAGAAAUCUCCAUUGACAUCUCAUCCAAGCAGGUGGAGAACUCCACCUCGGGCUUGUCGCGCUUCGGCCUCAAGCGAGCCGAUGUGGGGCACAAACCCCCCGAGCCCACGGCCAGGAGGACCGAGAUCACCCUGGGCAAGCCCCAGGAGCCGGGGCUGCGGCGGGCCGAGGCGCCGGCCUCCAAGAUCCCCGAGCUGCCGCCGCGCCGCCCGGACAACCAGGGGGCCAGAGCCGCCGAGAGCCCGGCCACGAGGCCGGCCGAGAGCUGCGAGCCUGCCCUGCCCGCCCAGCCCCAGCUGCCAGAGCCAAAGCUGCAGGGCUCGGUGCCCACGGAGAGCCCGGCCAAGAGGGAGGAAGGUGCAGAGGCCGUUCCCAGCCACGCUCCUGCCAUGACGGACGUUCCGCGGGAUGCCGGCCCCAAGCCGGCGGCGCCGGCGCGGCCGGACAAGCCGGCUGCGGAUUUCGGCUACGUGGGCAUCGAUGCCAUCCUGGAGCAGCUGAGGAGGAAAGCCAUGAAACAGGGCUUCGAGUUCAACAUCAUGGUUGUGGGUCAGAGUGGCUUGGGGAAAUCCACGUUAAUCAACACCCUCUUCAAAUCCAAGAUCAGCCGGAAAUCUGUACAGCCAGCUGCUGAGGAGAGGAUCCCCAAGACCAUUGAAAUCAAAUCCAUCACUCACGAGAUUGAGGAGAAGGGGGUUCGCAUGAAGCUGACAGUCAUCGACACGCCGGGCUUUGGGGACCACAUCAACAACGAGAACUGCUGGCAGCCCAUCAUGAAGUUCAUCAACGACCAGUAUGAGAAGUACUUGCAGGAGGAGAUCAACAUCAACAGGAAGAAGCAGAUCCCUGACACACGGGUGCACUGCUGUAUUUAUUUCAUCCCAGCCACGGGCCACUCGCUCAGGCCGUUGGACAUCGAGUUCAUGAAGCGCCUGAGCAAAGUGGUCAACAUCGUCCCGGUGAUCGCCAAAGCCGACACGCUAACGCUGGAGGAGAGGGACUACUUCAAACAACGGAUAAUGGCUGAUCUCCUGGCCAACGGGAUCGACGUGUACCCCCAGAAGGAGUUUGAUGAGGACUCUGAAGAUCGGCUGGUGAACGAGAAAUUCCGGGAAAUGAUCCCAUUUGCAGUGGUGGGCAGUGACCAGGAGUACCAGGUGAAUGGAAGAAGAAUCCUUGGGAGGAAGACCAAGUGGGGCACCAUUGAAGUGGAGAACACAACACACUGUGAGUUCGCCUACCUGCGGGACCUCCUCAUCAGGACACACAUGCAGAACAUCAAGGAUAUUACCAGCAACAUCCACUUUGAAGCCUACAGGGUGAAGAGGCUGAACGAGGGCCAGAGCUCUCUGUCCAACGGCGUGGCUGACAAGGAGCUGGUGGCCAACGAAAUGUAACCGUCCCUCGCCGCAGCCAGGACCUCGCUCGCUCACGCUCGCUCUUUCUCCCCUCUUCCCCCUUUAUUUUUAUAUAAAUCCUCUGCCACUGUCCCUCUUGCCCUGCUCCCUGACCCCCUGCCAUGUAAACUGACCAAAUAACCAGACGUGCAGCGGGUGGCCGCUCUCCCCCCGCUGCGUUCCGUGAGUUUUGUGCUCAGCCCCCAGAGCGGCGUCCCUGGCCCGGGGACCGGCCCUCUGUGGAGGUCGGGCUCUGGCUUGGCCCCAGCUGUGGCCCCCCAGCCGAGCCCAGGGGAGCAGAUCUGUGGGGGCAGCAGGGUUGGGGUGCCCUGGGAGCCCUUGCAGCCCCUCCGUGCAGAGGCUCCUCUCCGUCCAUUGAAGGCGAGGGCUCCUCCAGGUGAAGGCAGCCUUCGGAAGCAAGGUACGGUGGGAUGAAGAGAGCAGCCAGUGCCAUCCUUGUGUCCUGCUGCCCCUUCAAGCCCUCUGCAGCCCUCUGGGGCCCUCCAGCCCCCAACCCAGCCCCUGUACCCUGUCUACAUGCAAUAAACUGGGAGUGUUUAGGUGUCACCUCGCCUGUCACCGACCCCCGGCCAGGCAGAGCGACCUGCUUUGGGAGAAGUGCCUUUUCAGACUGAGACCUUGCAAUAGUGUGGGAGAGGGGAGGGAGGGUCUGCCUCGCCUGUCUUUGCAGCCUCCACAGAGACUCUCCUUCCCUCUCCCUUGGGCCAGAGCCAUGGCUGAUGUCCUGGGAACACUUGUGUAUUUAUUUGUCACUUAGCUGGGUGGGUCUUUGUCCUCUGAAGGCUCUGAGUGUGUUUGUCCUGAGGGGGCUGAGCGUGGAACUUUGUCUCUGCAAAGCAGUGGUGGGAGGCAGAGGGUUGUCCUGUUUGACCCUUGUGAUUCUUGGGCUUUUCCCCACAACAGAGGAGGCUCUUGGGUAUCUGUAAAUUCCUUUUCGUUUCCUGGGUCCCCCUGUGUGUCCAGGGAAGAUGCUCCUGUUUUGCUGGUCCUUGUGCAGGGGGUCUGUGCAUGUGCUGACCGAGCCCUGCAGCCUUGGGGGCUGGGGGGUGUUUGUGGGUGCUCCCCCUGCUCUGCCCCCAGACCCUUCUCUUUCUGUGUGUCUCCAAUAAACCAGACCCUGCAAGCAUUAGGUAGCACUGUGACAGGAGCAGGGGGUCCUGGAGCAAAGCUCUGCAGUCCUGCCCCUCUCCCCAGCUCCUCUUGCCUUUCUGGUGUCUCUCAGUCCUCUCCAAGGGAAAAAGACUUCUGCAAAUCACCCAUUUUUGGGGGCACACACUGAAGUGGCAGCGUGUCCCAUCCUCUAGCACUGGAAGGCACCUGCAGAGCCCACGGGGGACAGAGGCUGGCUCAGCACAGGUGACCAGGAGGAGGCAGGAGGUUCUCUCCCCUUGCUGGGGAUGCCCAGGUUUUCAGGGGCUCCCCACACAUCCCCCCCAGCAGCCAAAGGGGUGUGGGCAGGGGGUGCAUUGUGAGAAUCCCUUCUCCCCUUCACUCAUAUCCCCCCUCCACAACAGCCCCACGGAGCUGUUGGGGAACAGCAGCUCUCUACUUGCUGACUUGCUAUAUUUUAGCAAAAGCAACAAUGAAAAAUGUAUUAACUGAAAAAGAAACUAUAUUUCAAGUGUUAAAAAAAAGACUGAAAGGGGAGAAAAACCUCUCAUGUGAGGCACUUCUGCAAAUGCCAUCUUAAACUUUUUUUUUCCUCUAGUUGGUAUCUCAAGCUGGGCCAAGCAAGACACGCCGCUUUCUCCUUUGUAACCUGGAAGGAAAAAAAAAGAGAAAAUAAUACAAUAAAAAAACCCUUCAUCCAGAUCUAUUAAAAUGGCCUUUUGGGGGUUAUAAGCAUUAUGAAAAUUUAGUCCAUUUUUGUAUAAAUAAUAGUGUUUAAUAUGUAUUUCCCAAAAUAAAUGUUUCGAAUGCAAAUAGAA